AUGGCUGCUGCGUCGCUCGCAUCGUGCUCGACAGUCGUGCCAGCUCUGGCGGGGGCGGCGGGAAUUGAGGAACGUUCGACGCGAGCCUUAAGAAACGCCUGCAGCCGCUCCCUCGCACCCAGGCGCGUGAGGUCGUUGGUGGCGGAAGCAGCAGCGGGCGAUUCACGGCGAGAGGCGUCGCGCGACGACGACAGCAGCGCGGACACAAGCGGUCGCCGUGCCUUCCUCGCCCUUUCCACCGCCUCCGCUGCCGCCUUGCUGAGUUCCCCGAUUCCAGCACAUGCUGUCUCCACCAGCCGCCGUGCCAAUCAAGGGGCGCGCAUCCCAGAGGAGGAGUACACAACUCAGCCGUCAGGGCUCAAGAUCUAUGACAUCAAAGUCGGCUCAGGGCCCUUGGCGAAGCUGGGAGACCGAGUCACGGUGCACUAUGUGGUGCAGUGGAAGGGCAUCACGUUCAUGACGAGCCGGCAGGGCAUGGGCGUGACAGGCGGCACGCCGUACGGCUUUGACCUGGGCUCCAGCAGCCUCGGCAUGGUGCUCAAGGGGCUCGACCAGGGCGUUGAAGGGAUGCGCGCUGGCGGCGUGCGUCAAAUGAUUGUGCCUCCGGAGCUGGCAUAUGGCAACCGAGGCAUUCAGGAGAUCCCACCCAAUGCCACACUCCAGAUGAAUGUGGAGCUCCUGGCAGUGAAGCAAAAUGCCUAUGGCACACCCGUCAAGCUUAUCGAGGGCAGCAUGCUGCUCCCUGCGAUCCCCGCGUCCUUCCCGCUGUGCGACGCGGUGAGCGACGACUACAUCCCGUGCCUGGACAACACGCGAGCGAUCAAGAAGCUGCGCACCACCAAGCAGUACCAGCACCGCGAGCGCCAUUGCCCCAACCCCCAGGAAAUGCCGCGCUGCGUCGUGCCCAUGCCCGAGGGCUACAAGCCGCACGUCCCCUGGCCAGAGAGCCGCGACGAGAUCUGGUUCAACAACGUGCCGCGCACGUCCCUGGCGAACUACAAGGCGGACCAGAACUGGCUCAAAGUGGAGUCGGAUCGCUUCAUCUUCCCCGGCGGCGGCACGCAGUUCAAAUACGGCGCCGCCACGUACAUCGCGUGGCUGGAGCAGGUCCUCCCGGAGCUCGCGUGGGGGCGCCGCGUGCAGGUCGCGCUCGACAUGGGCUGCGGCGUCGCGAGCUUCGGCGCGUAUCUGGACGCGAUGAGCGUUAAGGUGCUGUCCGUGGCGCCCAAGGACGAGCACGAGGCGCAGGUACAAUUCGCGCUGGAGCGUGGAGUCCCCGCGCUGGUCGGCGUGAUGGGCACGCUGCGUCAGCCGUUCCCCGCGAAUUCCUUCGACGCCGUACACUGCGCGCGGUGCCGCGUGCCGUGGCACCCGAACGGCGGGAUGCUGCUGCUGGAGCUGAACCGACUCAUCCGCCCGGGGGGCUAUUUCAUUUGGUCCGCGACUCCCGUGUGCCUUGAGUGUAAGGCGUUCGAGCCGGAUGAUCGCGAGGUGUGGGCUGCCAUGGAGGAGCUUACAACGCGUAUGUGCUGGACGCUGCGCGCCAAGCGCGUGAACAUGACGUUCGGGAUUGGAGUGGCGGUUUGGCAGAAGCCCACUGACAACCGGUGCUACCGCCACCGCCCUAAUAACUCGUCGCUUGCGCCGCUGUGCUCAAUCGCGGAUGAGCCCGAUGCCGCCUGGUACGUGCCGAUGCAGUCGUGCAUGCACCGCGUGCCUAUGGACCGCGACGCGCAGCACGGCUCGCAGUGGCCCGCGGACGGCGCGGAGCGGCUGACGGCGGAGCCGGUGUGGCUGGACGGCGCGGCGGAAGCACUGGAGACCCGCGCACGGACGUAUGAGCGGCGGAUGGGGUUCGACUGGAGCACCAUUCGCAACGUCAUGGACAUGGAUGCUCGCAUGGGAGGGUGGGGAGCAGCAUUAGCGGCCACGGGCAAGCCGCUGUGGACGCUCAACGUGGUGCCGACAUCGCGGCCGGACACGCUCCCCGUGGUGUUUGAGCGCGGGCUGCUAGGCGUGUACCACGACUGGUGCGAGUCGUUCAGCACGUAUCCGCGCACCUACGACCUGCUACACGCGCACCACCUGCUGAGCCACCUCGACAAGAACCACCGCCGCGGCUGCGACAUAGUGGAUGUGAUGCUGGAGAUGGAUCGAGUGCUGCGGCCCAUGGGGUACGUCAUUAUACGCGAGACCAACGCCACGGCAGCCAUGGUGGAAUCAGUGGCAGCAGCGCUGCACUGGAAGCCGCUUGACAGUUACAGGCGCAACACAGACGACACUGUGCUCGCGUUUCAAAAGACCAUGUGGAGGCCUGUGAUCGAGGCCAGGGAGGAGUAA